GGAGCGGCCGGCUGCGGCGCGGGGCUCGCCUCGCCCGCGGCGGGAUCCAUGGCCUGAGCGGCCAUGUCCGGCGUCGUGCGGACCCUCAGCCGCUGCCUGCUGCCGGCCGAGGCCGGCGGGGCCCGCGAGCGCAGAGCGGGCGGCGGCGGGGCCCGCGACGCGGAGCGUGAGGCGCGACGGCGCAGCCGGGACAUCGACGCCGGGCUGGCUCGCGAGCGGCGCGCCGUGCGGCGCCUCGUCAAGAUCCUACUGUUGGGCGCGGGCGAGAGCGGCAAGUCCACCUUCCUCAAGCAGAUGCGCAUCAUCCACGGUCGCGAGUUCGACCAGAAGGCGCUGCUCGAGUUCCGCGACACCAUCUUCGACAACAUCCUCAAGGGCUCAAAGGUUCUUGUUGAUGCACGAGACAAGCUCGGGAUCCCAUGGCAGUAUUCUGAGAACGAAAAGCAUGCGAUGUUCCUCAUGGCCUUUGAGAACAAAGCAGGACUGCCUGUGGAGCCGGCCACCUUCCAGCUGUACGUCCCUGCCCUGAGCGCGCUCUGGAGGGACUGUGGCAUCCGGGAAGCCUUCAGCCGGAGGAGCGAGUUUCAGCUGGGUGAAUCGGUGAAGUACUUUCUGGAUAACUUGGACCGGAUAGGCCAGCUGAACUACUUUCCUAGUAAGCAAGACAUUCUGCUGGCGAGGAAAGCCACCAAGGGCAUUGUGGAACAUGACUUUGUUAUUAAGAAAAUUCCCUUUAAGAUGGUGGACGUGGGUGGCCAGCGGUCUCAGCGCCAGAAGUGGUUCCAGUGCUUUGACGGGAUCACGUCGAUCCUGUUCAUGGUGUCGUCCAGUGAGUACGACCAGGUCCUCAUGGAGGACAGGCGCACCAACCGGCUGGUCGAGUCAAUGAACAUCUUCGAGACGAUCGUCAAUAACAAGCUCUUCUUCAAUGUCUCCAUCAUCCUCUUCCUCAACAAGAUGGACCUCCUGGUGGAGAAGGUGAAGACCGUCAGCAUCAAGAAGCACUUCCCCGAUUUCAAGGGCGACCCCCACCGGCUGGAGGAUGUGCAGCGCUACCUGGUCCAGUGCUUUGACCGGAAGAGAAGAAACCGCAGCAAGCCGCUCUUCCACCACUUCACCACCGCCAUAGACACUGAGAAUAUCCGCUUCGUGUUCCAUGCUGUGAAGGACACCAUCCUGCAGGAGAACCUGAAGGAUAUCAUGCUGCAGUGAGCCCUUCCCGCCACUGCUCAGAGCUCCCUGCUGGGGCGUCCCCCGGGCCUGAGCACCUGGCCCAGGAAUGUUGCCUGCCGCGCCGGCCACGCCCUGCGCUCGGGGCCAGAGGUCACGGACACUGAUUAGCUACUGAAGCUGGGAGCUGGUAAACUACUGAGUCCAAGUGACCGCCUUGGUGUAGACCUGUAAGACCACAUAACACAGCUUUCUUUUACAGAAACUCGAUUCCUUUCCUGACACAGUGUGUGUGUGUGUGUGUGUGUGUGUGUGUGUGUGUGUGUACGUGCGUGUGUGUGUGCACGCUCUCACACACUCUUAAGACAAACACAAAGCAGCUGGCCUCGCAGAUGGCUUUUCUCUAACUGGCAAGUCUUCCGUGAGACAGACUAACCCAAGCUUUGCCUAACGGUAGCUUGUAGGAGUCAUGUGCGCUCAUGCUGCUAACUCGGACCCUGCGGGAGGGUCUCACUGCCACUUCCCAAAGUGAACGAGUUGCCUUUGAAAACUCCUGUGCCUGUUUCCUGAGAGGCUUCGGUCCAGGCAUGUUAGAUGAAGCCAGGGCCUCCCAACUUCAGAGGAUGGGAGCCGGAGCCCGGCAUGGGUGGUCUUGCCUUAACGCCCCCCAGCGUGUGCUGUCUUUUCUGCCUUGUCACCUUGCUCAGGAACACAACAUGGGCUGGAAAUGCGUGGAAAUGGCAUACCACAGUGACUGUCCCCUGCCCUCGCCCUGCCCACUGGCGGAGACGUAAACCACCUGGGCAGGCAGGCGACAUCAUCUUCUCAUACCUGCAGUUGGCUGCAUGGAAAGUCGUAGAGAGCUUCCUGUUCCUCUCGGGCUUCAGAAAGCUGGCAAGGUUACCAGCAUGGCUUUUCGUUAACGCACAGCUGCCUGGGGCACUCCACAGCUGAGCUUUCCGGAAGCCCACAGACCCUGGAGGGAUCUGUGUUUCUCCAAACUGCCUUCAGCCAGCCGGUCCCUGUUCUCAGCUCUCCUCUAGGUUCUUGUAAAGGGCUCUGCCUGUGUUCAUGUACAUACAGGUCGGCAGGUCAGACGUGCCUCUCUUCGGUGACACUGCAGAAGGCUGUGAGCUGGUAGCUCUGACCCUGAGGGCACUGGUCCAGUCACCUGCCAGGUGUCACUGUGUGUAAAAACGCAUUGCAUUCCAACUGGUCCCCGCUGUGUAUCACUACUAAAAAGUCUGUCUCAUGUAUUUAGGACUUUUCCUAGCAUUUAACAGAAAAAAAAAAAAAAGCUUCUUCUGUAGCUGGCACCAGAAUGUCCCUGUGGUUUAAUCACACCUCCUAGGGCCUUUGUCCUAAGGCCACACCGUCCCCGCUCCUUUGCAUCUCUUGGUUCAUUAUCAGCAAGCCGGAAAAACUUUAAUCUUGUGGCAGAGGCUGACCCCGAAGGACAGGGAGGAGAAAACCUGCUUCUGAGUCACCUUGUUGUCCCCAUGUUUUUAAGGAGGAGACAGCAUGAAAUUCUCUUUUGGUGCUCAGGCUGUGUGGUGGUGUUCGCUGGGGUUUAGCUCUUUUUUUGGUUGGAAAAAAGUUGCUGUUUUUGUACUGCUUCCUGUGGCUCUUCAUAAACCAAAAGGCUGUGAGCCAGGCCCAUUGCCAGCGACGUGGCUGAAAGGGAGAAGAGUACUCGGUGGACUCCAUGGGGUGGGUGG